UGCAUACUUGGUUUUUACAACACUGAAAUACCAUUGAAAACAGGAGAAUCUUCAGUUUUAUUUGCCUACCGUAGAACUGUAAGGCACCGGAGGCAGCAAACAUGCACAAGCUAGCUGUUCUACUGUUGCCCCUUCUUUUUCUCGCCGGAUGCAACGCUUUCGCCUUCGUUGGAGAGCCUCGCUACAUCAGUUUGAGGACCUGCCAAAACAAUAAUGUGUGGGUCUACAACUACACCAGUUUUAUUACCCACGGCGUGGACAGCGAGACGCAGAAUAUGACGUUUUCUGCGAAAUUGAACGUUACCUGCGAAUCCAAUGGAGAGUAUGCCUAUAAAAAAGCUAAGAAAUACUGCCUUAACGUGACUGAAGGUCGCUUGGAACACGAACUAAGCACUGGGAACCAGGUGAUAAAUUUCGACGAGAAAGACUUGAGGGGAAGAUUUUGCUUCGUACAAACAGAGGAUGGACAGACACCAGUUGUGUUACACACUGAAAGCACGAGCCAGUGGGUGAUCAACCUCGAGAAGGCCAUUGUGACUGGGUUCCAGGCCAAUUUUGUGGGGAAAGCAGAGGUGGCAGAGACCGAUCACGAAUCAGAGCAUAUGUCGCAUUACAGGUACAUCAACCCCACUGAGCAUACACCACCACGACACAUGGUGCGACAUUUCAACGAGAAGGACAUUGCCAUUUUCGCAGGCGGCCAUUCACUCCCUCUGUCCUACUCCAAAGAGGAGGAGAUUUUAUACAACGAGGACGGAGUUCUCAACAAAACUCGCGGUCAAACGAACAUCACAAUCAUUCCUAAACUAGAGGACAAAGCCAGAGCCAACAUGCAGCAGAGCAACAGCGACGUCCAAGAGCCUAUACUGAACAGGGGUAAGCCCCAGGAGAAAGGACGUCGAUGGGGACGUGCAGCAGACCCUUCGCCGAAAUCCUUCUUUCCCUCUGUGAACUUGAACCACUUCUCUAUUCAGAGCCACUAUACCAUACAACUGAUCAACUCGCAUCGCUCCACCGGUUCUUCACGAAGGAGGCGGGACGUUGGCGAGAGAGAGACAGAGUCGUCACUCAAAGCCUCAAGUACACAUUAUGCAGAAGAGGAUGGUAGCAUUCAGACACACAAGUUGAAUGUGACGGCAGUGCUAGAGCACAUUCAUCAAAGUCCAGAGGACACUCAGCAAGUGGAAGCUCUGAAGAAGUAUCUGUCGACAGAAGAUAACCUGCAUUUGGCACAAGCAAUCAACCAAGCAAUAGAUUACUUGAACAACGUGUGCGAGUUAACUAUGCCAGAUGAUGUUGCCAUGAAAUUAAAGCUGUAUCAGAUUCUUGCUUCGCUGCCUAAUUCAGACGCACAGCAGGCUCUGUUGUCUUGUCUGGAAAAAGUGACUGAUACAAAUGAGUGGAGCAGUCUGGUAGUCAACAUUGGGCUCUCGGUCACACCCACCAGUGGAUUCGUAGCUAAGCUGGAGUCUCUUCUUCGCUCGGGGACCGAAAUGGACUCAAACUCUCUCGUCCUAAUGUACGGAGCUGUUGCCUCUCGAGCAGAUCCUCGACUGCAGAGCCACAUGGUAGCGUACCUCACUGCUCGUGUGCUGAAACAUACAGAGGACACAGAUUAUACGGUGGUUCUCAUACAUGCUCUGGGAAACACUGGCUCUAAUCAGAUGACUGAUAUUCUUCUAAGUCUACUUGAUGAUGAUAGGGUGGACGUGGAAGUAGCGGCCAUUAAUGCCCUGAGGAAACAGACCAGUAACACUCGCGUGAAAAGAGUCUUUCUUAAGAUGCUUCGAUCGAGAAAUCAGACUGCAAGCAUUGUGAGUGCAAUAGCCAACACUCUAGUAAAAGCCAUCGAGGCGUCUGGUGUGACUGACAUACAAACAUCACGUGCCUAUGCCAGGGCAUUAGUAUAUUCUUCCAGGGCAUUCAACAACAGUUAUAUCAGUGGACUCGUGAACUUCUACCUUCAUGCGUUAGAGAAACACGACCCGAGUGUUCGAACACGACUUCGCAGGGAGGCGGGAAACUGGGGGGUGGCUGGUGAAGAGUACAAGAUGAUAGCAUCGUACAAAGAUCGUGAAGAAGACGGUGUCAAAUACCCAAAGAACAGUGCCCACCUCUGGAGUCGGCAGCUCGGAGUGAAAGGAUUUAACCUCCAGGUUGCAGCAGGGAUGUUUACAGGGGCAAGCGAGAGUGGGAAGGAGAGAAAGAUAUUCGGCAGAGCUGCCACCAGGGUCAAUGCCUUUGGGUAUACUUUGGACACAGUCGAAGUCGAAGCGCUGAGAAUCCACGACGGGAGUGGUGUUAAGAAACGCGUCCUGGUGGGUGUAGGGGGCUACGUAUUGCUCAGUUCCAACGCCAUCACUGAUGGCACACAGUUACUAACUUCAUUCUGGGGCCCAAAUACCCUAGAGUUGCGAGAAAGUAUGGUGUUGUUUGUGGGAGUCGCGAAAAUCGACAUUCAUCUGGAUGUAUGUGUACACCUGAACAGUUCUUUCAAUGUAAACAGAGUCGAUACCAACAAUACCAACACCUUUCUCACGGAAGCAUCUCUCUCUCCCUCGGUUAAAGUCAGUAUUCGGGCAUUCUCUCAAUUCAACGUGGUAAGAUGACAAAGACUCUACCUGAGUUGAAGCAUGUAUUUGUCCAUACUUUCAUUCCACACUUCACAGAUGGGGACAAAGGGAAACGCCACUCUAGAAGGGGAGGUGGGGUAUGCCUUUGAAGCUAAGGGCAGUGUGACUGGAUGUGUAAGUGGGCCACCUGCCUUUAGUGUUUCCACAUCCAUCAAAGACCAGUGGCCUUCCAGCUACAUCAACCUCUCCAGUGGGUUCAAACCUCUGAUCACGGUUCCAUGCGGCUUUGAGCAAUGUGUACAGGAUGAGGUCGUAGUUCAAGACACCGUCCCGGUUGAGCGGUGGGUAAUGGAUCCACACAGCUCCGGGGAAGUGUGGGACGACACAGUGUCUACCGGAGAAGUGGGUGACUGGGGGCAGUGCCCCACUGCAGCUGGAGUCACGGAAUCAGAGCUACAGUUCUGGUGGGAAGAGUCAAAUAUGGGGCAGGGGACACGCCACCCCACUCGCUGAGACCCCCCAUAGCAGCCACAUGAUGUGUGUGUGACUCAACACCACAUACACUCCUUAUACCGACUUUCACAUUUGUAGAACGACAUCCUAAUUUAGUAGUACUAUUCCAAUGUAUGUUUUCGAUUUGUAACAUCUGUGCUUCAUUGACGUGCUCUUGCACAGCAUAGUGAAAUGAAAACUCUGGUUUUGCAAUGCACAUCUUCCUCUUGCUAGUUCCCACCUGCACGAAAACCA